AUGAAGCGCCUCGCCAAGGUGUUGAUGGACGGGGGCAGCAGCCUCAACAUCAUGUAUGCCAAGACCCUGGAUGCCAUAGGCAUCGACCGGUCGUGCAUUCGGCCGUCCGGGGCGCCAUUCCACGGUAUUGUGUUGGGGAAGCAGGCGAUACCACUUGGGCAGAUCGACAUGUCCGUAACAUUCGGGGAUCCAACCAACUAUAGGAUGGAGACCCUCACCUUCGAGGUGGUCGGAUUUCACGGAUCCUACCGCACCAUCUUGGGGCGACUGUGCUACAGGAAGUUCAUGGUUGUCCCCAACUACACGUACCUCAAGCUCAAGAUGCCAGGCUCACAUGGGGUUAUCACCAUCGGGUCCUAUUUCCAAUGUGCCUACCAGUGCGAGGUGGAGAGCUACGAGCUCAUCUCAGCGAUCGUCUCCUCCGAGGAACUCGCAGUCAUCCGAGAGGAAACCGCGGAGGAGGCGCCCGACUCCAAGUAG